AAAGGACAUUACAUAUAUGUGGACAGAAAUACACAGGAUUUGAAAAGAACCAACAUCUUUCGGUUUGGAGGAAUACAGUCUUGACCAAAUAGUGUCUCAACGAUGGCAAAUUCACUUUUAAAUAUAUUUGUACUAGGGGUUUUACUCCCUAUAGUUAUGUCUAAACAACCAUUUUGCAACAGUGAGAUGGACGAGGGGACGGCCGUACAGGGAACAGAAGGCCACAACAGACUACAGUAUUACUACAAUAAGGGGCAAGAUAUCUGCAUGCCUUUUUUCUACAAAGGUCUGGGAGGGAAUGAGAACCGCUUCAACACAGACCGAGAGUGCAUGGGGAACUGUUCUGCCAAAUUUGAAGAGCUCUACCCAACUGAAGAUGGAGUGUGUAAACUUCCGUUGGAUCAUGGUAAUUGCUUUGCCAUGUUGCUGAUGUACUACUACAACGCAGAUGAGAAGAAUUGUCGUAUCUUCCAUUAUGGGGGCUGUCAGGGCAAUGGCAACCGCUUUGAGACCAGAGAACAGUGUCAAAAGACAUGCAUGGCCAAAUCUGGCAGGUUAAUAGGUGGUGUGGAUCCAGAACCCAACCCAGAUGCGAGUUCCACUAAUAUAGGAUUAAUCAUUGGGGUUUUAGGAGGGGUUCUGUUCACUGUGGCCGUUAUCUCUGCUGUUGUUCUCAUUGUUGUCCAAAGAAAAGAGAAAUCGAGCAAAAAAGGGAGGAAGAAGGUACCAACUAUUGAGAUGUCCUAGAUAUCACCGUUAUGAACUUCCUUUGAAAUGUUGGAUUUUACAUUUGUUGUACUCUAAUAUGUCUUUCCCCUUUAAAAACAGCUGUCUUUUUCUACCAUGUCCAAUUAAUAGUUACAACCUUGCCUUACCACAGCAAAUCCCAAGGGGCUAUGAUAAUACAUAUACAUAAAACUUCUAAAGUUGCCCAGCAAGUUGUAUAUUUUCUUUCCAAACUGCUUGCUCAUCCUGGAAGUUAGUUAGCAAGUAUGCACCUCCUGUUGGAGUCUCCGGGGUGACACACCUGGUGUUCUCUAUUUUGAUUCAGAAAUGCAUCAUUUAAAAAUUUGAAUGUUUUUGAUGUUUGAUAAAUGGUUAACUUUGGCUAGAUAUUAUCCCCCUUGUAUUUCCUGUUGACAAAGUAAGUAAAGGCAAUGAACCUAACUGUAAAUAAUCUAUAACUCCACUGUUGUAUGAUGGAUAUUGUAACAGAUUUGAUCAAGGUCUGGUCAACAGAUCAGAUUGACUCUUAAAUGGGUCUUAGACGUUUAAACUGUUCAACAAUGUCAUGUUAAAUAAAGGAUUGAGAUUUUUUACAUUUUGA